GACAGUUGUUUUAGGACGGAGGGAGUACAAAAAUGAAUGUAUCUAGAAGUAAAAUACAUCUAGAUACAUCCAUUCCUAUGACAAGUAUAUUCAGACGAAGGAGUAGUAUAUGGGUUUUGUUAACUCGUGAUUAUGUAUGGUGCAUAUGCAGCCAUGUUUUUUCUUUUUUUGGAAGGGAACAGACACCAAGAAAUAAGGGAGAUGUGAAGCGAACACUCAUUUCUAAGCCCAGGCUCAUAUGCUCCCGGUAAACAGUAAAUUUGAAAAAAAAAAUGUUAUAAAAACUCCACACAAAAAAAUCUGCUUACUUUGAACAGUCCGAUGAAUAACGCAUAAUGUGAUGAUACACCCAUCAUCGGUGCCAUGGUUGUGAAAAGAGGUCAGUAAAAAUCUGAGAGUACGUAUCUGGUGAUCGUCAUAGGGAAAAAGAAAUAAAAAAAAAUCCCUUUUCUGAUGAGCCAGAGAGGAGACGGGGACGGCAAGCAUGGGUCAGGUCAACCCUGAGAUGAGAAACGGAAAGGCGACGGUGCCGUCCCCUUCAGUCGUCACUCAAUUCAUUCGCCGGCCGCUCUUACUUUCGUCUGCUCUUCCUGCCGUCGCCGCAGAGGAAGAUGGACGGAGAGACCGUCGGAGGGAGGAGCGCCAUGGCCGGCUCUGGCCUCCUCCGUCCAGAUCCAGCUCCAGGGCUGGCCAUCGUGGUCAUGGGGGUCAGCGGCUGCGGCAAAUCGACCGUGGCGGCGAUGCUCGCCGACGCGCUCGGCUGCGCCUUCGUCGAGGCCGACGACCACCACUCCCACGCCAACAAAGAGAAGAUGAGCAAAGGAGUCCCGCUCACCGACGAGGACCGCCUGCCGUGGCUGGAGUCCCUGCGCGACGCCAUCGGGGAUCGGCUGGGCCGCGGCGAGGACGUCGUUGUCAGCUGCUCGGCGCUGCGGCUAAAGUACAGGGAGGUGCUCCGGCAAGGGGACGGUGCCUACAAGCCGGGGAGCUACGCGGCCUGCAGGGUCAAGUUCGUGUGCCUGGAGGCCUCGGCGGAGGUGAUCGCCGAGCGGGUGCGGCGCAGGGCGGCGGAAGGGGGCCACUUCAUGCCGGCGAGCCUGGUGCGGAGCCAGCUCGACCUGCUGGAGAUCGACGCGGCCGAGGGGAUCACCGUCGUCGACGCCACCGUGCCCGCCCACGCCAUCGUCGAAGCCACCAUCGCCCAGUUCAGGGACGAGCUGGCCUCGACGGCGUGCUGACAGCCGAGAGAGUUUCAGCUGGUUCUUGUUUCUGAAUCCAGCUUCAUUUCGUCGGUGUUUUACUGGACUGGACAGACAUUAUGCAGUCCACAUGCAUGCAGCUUGUAAAGAGGCUUGCAGACAAGCAAGGCACCAUCAACCUCAACAUUACCCAGUUCAUUUGAAUUCAAACAUCUAAAAUACUGAUGAAACAGGCAAGUCGCCACCCUUCUCGAAUGUCAAACAAAGAAAAA